AAAAUAUUCAAAUUAAAUUCAACGGCAACGGGCAACGGCGGUUGAUUUGUUUGUUGGUUGAUCAAAUCAAAUGUAAAGUUAAUUAUUUUGUGAAUUUAUUCAACAAUAAGGAGCGAUGGAUAUGAAAACGGAGGUUUUGGAACUUGAAACUAAAAUUAUAAACCACGAAGCGUACGGGAAUGCGUCGUACAAUUGGUCCCCAAGAGACUUCGAGCUGGGCUCCGGCCUGGGUCAGGGCAAGUUCGGCCACGUCCAUGUGGCCAGAGAGAAGAAAACCGGAUAUCUGGUCGCCAUCAAAACUUUGUUCAAAUCACAGAUCAUGAAGUCUAAAUGUGAACGGCAGGUGAUGAGGGAAAUCGAAAUACAGUCGCAUUUGAAACACCCCAACAUCCUGCAGCUGCUGACGUGGUUCCACGACGAGCGCCGCAUCUACCUCGUGGUGGAGUUUGCAGCCGGUGGAGAGCUCUACAAGCACCUCACAAACUCACCCAAAGGACGCUUCUCCGAGGCUAAAGCAGCCAAGUAUAUUUAUCAGGUAGCAGAUGCCGUUGAGUACUGUCACCAGAACCAUGUCAUACAUCGGGACAUAAAGCCAGAGAAUCUUCUAGUCUCCUUGAAUGGAGACAUCAAACUAGCUGAUUUUGGUUGGUCAGUCCAUGCCCCAUCAGAAAGACGCAAAACAAUGUGCGGAACGCUAGACUACCUCCCGCCAGAGAUGAUCAACAGGCAGGUGUACGACGUGACCGUGGACCAGUGGUGCAUCGGGGUGCUUUUAUACGAGUUCCUGGUGGGCAAGCCUCCCUUCGAGAGCGAGGGGCAGGACCGCACGUACGCGCGGAUACUGGCGCUCGAUAUGACGUACCCGGAGCAUGUGAACGCGGGCGCUAAGGAUCUUAUUUCUAAGGUUGGUUUUUGCUUUUUUUGUACACUAUUGAAUGGUAUUAUGUACUGAUCCUAGUAACUCAUGUUUGUUGGUCCUCAAUCUUCCUCAUACAACUACUACUAGUUGCGCCCCCAAUCGCUGCAGUACCUACCUUGCUGGGCUUUUUGUAAAAGCUUUGUCCUGGAGUGGAUUAGCUGACGAUGAUGAUUUUUCUAUAUGUAAAUUAAUUUGUUUGAUAUACGUAUUUAUUUACUUACUAUAUUAUAUAUUCUGUCUCGAAUCUUAGCUCUAAACAAC